AUGACUGGUCUUGCUCCGGGGCUGGUCAUAGUGGGUCUGGUGACCCCCGAGGUCCCCAGAGACCCCCGAGGUCUCCAGAGACCCCCGAGGUCUCCAGAGACCUCCGAGGUCUCCAGAGACCUUCGAGGUCUCCAGAGACCUUCGAGGUCUCCAGAGACACCCGAGGUCUCCAGAGACACCCGAGGUCUCCAGAGACCUCCGAGGUCUCCAGAGACCCCCGAGGUCUCCAGAGACCUCCGAGGUCUCCAGAGACCCCCGAGGUCUCCAGAGACCUCCGAGGUCUCCAGAGACCCGCGAGGUCUCCAGAGACCCCCGAGGUCUCCAGAGACCCCCGAGGUCUCCAGAGACCCCCGAGGUCUCCAGAGACCCCCCGAGGUCUCCAGAGACCCCCCCGAGGUCUCCAGAGACCCCGAGGUCUCCAGAGACCCCGAGGUCUCCAGAGACCCCCCGAGGUCUCCAGAGACCCCCCGAGGUCUCCAGAGACCCCGAGGUCUCCAGAGACCUGGGGCAGGCGACCCUCUGGCGGAGAACGACUCUACGGGCUAG